AUGGCAAACCGCUUCGUUCAGUACGUCCGGGGGGACCAAAAUGCGCCUGGAGAACGGAAGCUGGUGCAGAAGCUCGACUUCUUCAUCCUCACAUUCUGUUGUCUGAUGUACUUCUUGAAUUAUCUUGACCGAACAAACUUGAACAACGCCUAUGUCUCUGGCAUGAGAGAAGAACUGAGCUUCAAAGGCAAUCAACUCAACCAGAUUAAUACUGUGUUUACCGUUGGGUACACGAUAGGUCAGGUACCUUGUAACAUUGCGCUUUACUAUAUCAAACCAAGAUACUUCUUCCCAGCGUGCAUGGUAGCAUGGGCAUGCUUGACCAUGGUAACAGCUGCUGCCCAAAAACCGCAAGACAUAAUGGCGAUUCGUUUCUUCCAGGCAAUCUUCGAGUCAUCGACCUUUGUAGGAACUCAUUACAUCCUCGGUUCGUGGUAUACCGAGAAAGAGCUGGGCAAGCGCUCCGGGAUCUUCACAGCAUCUGGACUAGCUGGAACCAUGAUCGGGGGCUUGAUCCAAACCGGUAUCCACUCAAGCAUGAAUGGAUUGAACGGCCUUUCAGGUUGGAGAUGGCUGUUCAUAAUCGACGGAAUCAUUACGUUGCCUGUAGCGGUCUAUGGAUUCCUCCUCUUUCCUGACAAGCCGCAAAACACCAAGGCUCCCUACCUCUCUGCGGAAGAGAAGGCGCUUGCCAUAUCUCGCGUCCCAGAAGUCUCAGAGCGCACACCAAUCUCCUGGACCUUCCUGAAGUAUUGUUUCAGCACGUGGUACUGGUACUUCUUCGUCAUCUUAUGGAUCCUUGCGGGAGAGACCGAGUCAUUCAGUACAAAUGCUCUUCUACAGCUUUACAUGAAGUCUCAUCCCACGAAGAAGUACGCCGUAUCGCAAGUCAACAACUAUCCGACUGGGGUGCCUGCAGUGGGCAUCGUUUCAACACUGUUUUGGGCUACGCUCACGGAUUUCAUGGGAGGCAAGCGCUAUCUAGUUGGUUACUGGAUCGGUAUAACUGGCGUCAUAACGAGCGCCUUGAUCCUAGCCUAUCCGCAUAACACGACGAUCCACUUCGCGAUGUACUACUGGGCUGGCUCAGUGUAUGCCUGCCAAGCGACCUUUUUUGCUUGGGCAAACGACGUGCUCCGCUACGAGGAAGACAGCUUGCGAGCCGUAGUCAUUGCGUCGAUGAACAUGGGAAGUAACGCAAUAAACGCGUGGUGGAGUAUUGUCUUCUACGGAGCAAACUUCGCGCCAUAUUUCACGAGAGGUAUGUGGGCCAUGAUCGCUGUGAGCAUUGCGAUGGCCAUUUGGACAGGUCUACUCGUGUGGAUGCACAUCCGCACUGAAAAGAAAAGGGAUAGAGAAGCUGUGGCUACAGAUAUAGCGAGCAAAGAGCAUGGUUUGCGUGUUGCAGGGCAGGAUCAUCAAGUUGGUUUGGGUCCUGAGAAGGUAUAA